AUGGGAGAAGAGCRGAGCUGCUGAGCGCCCCGGCGAACUCCUCUCCUCUCUCCUCACCUCGCUCUCACGGCCCGCCCGCCCGCCCGCCCGCCACCUGCUCGCCGCCCAGAACAUCUUCCAUCAUGGCCACCUCAGCAAGUUCCCACUUGAACAAAGGCAUCAAGCAGGUGUAUAUGUCCCUGCCUCAGGGUGAGAAAGUCCAAGCUAUGUAUAUCUGGAUUGAUGGUACUGGAGAAGGACUUCGCUGCAAGACUCGCACCCUGGACUCUGAGCCCAAGAGUGUAGAAGAGUUGCCUGAGUGGAAUUUUGAUGGCUCUAGUACUUUUCAGUCUGAAGGCUCCAAUAGUGACAUGUAUCUUGUACCUGCUGCCAUGUUUCGGGACCCCUUCCGCAAGGAUCCCAACAAGCUGGUAUUCUGUGAAGUUUUCAAGUACAACCGAAAACCUGCAGAGACCAAUUUAAGGCACACCUGUAAACGGAUAAUGGAAAUGGUGAGCAACCAGCAUCCCUGGUUUGGAAUGGAACAGGAAUACACUCUCAUGGGCACAGAUGGUCAUCCCUUCGGUUGGCCUUCUAAUGGCUUUCCUGGUCCCCAAGAAUUCCAAAUAGGACCUUGUGAAGGAAUCCACAUGGGAGAUCAUCUCUGGGUGGCCCGUUUCAUCUUGCAUCGCGUUUGUGAAGACUUUGGAGUGAUAGCUACCUUUGAUCCCAAGCCCAUUCCUGGAAACUGGAAUGGUGCCGGCUGCCACACCAACUUUAGUACCAAGGCCAUGAGGGAGGAGAAUGGUCUGAAGUACAUUGAGGAGGCCAUUGAGAAACUAAGCAAGCGGCACCAGUACCACAUUCGUGCCUAUGAUCCCAAGGGGGGCCUGGACAAUGCCCGGCGCCUAACUGGAUUCCACGAAACCUCCAACAUCAACGACUUUUCUGCUGGCGUGGCCAACCGUAGUGCCAGCAUCCGCAUUCCCCGGACUGUCGGCCAGGAGAGGAGGGGUUACUUUGAAGACCGUCGCCCCUCUGCCAACUGUGACCCCUAUUCAGUGACAGAAGCCCUCAUCCGCACGUGUCUUCUCAAUGAAACCGGAGAUGAACCCUUCCAAUACAAAAACUAAAUGGACUAGACCUCAGCCGUCAAGCCCCUCCUAGUUCUGCCUCCCACUCCAACUCUUCACCCUCUGUGUUGUCCCGCUUGUCCCGAUUGUAACUCAAAGGGUGGAAUAUCAAGGUCUUUUUUUAUUCCUCAUGCCCAGUUAAUCUUSCUUCCUUUGGCCAGGAUAGAGGUGUUACGUUUUUAAUCUCUUCACCCCCAGCCCCCUUUUCUUGACAGUGAGGCUUUUUUUUAAUGCGCUAAUGGGAAGGGGUGCCUAUCAGGCAUGGCUGUGGGAUGCAGCAUGUUCUGGGGGAGCAGGGAGGUACAUUUUCUUCAAGGUUGCUGAAAGAGGAGGCCUGGUGAGGUUAGGUUAGAAUUCCCCUUUGUGUGGAAAGCUCUAUUUCUUAAGCUAUAACUAUAGAGAAGGUGGGGUGGCCCUCAGCGAGGGAAAUGCCCUGGUCUCCUACUGCAGCACUUCCCUUGCUUGGGGCUGCAUUCCCUUCCGUGGACACAAAGCUGGGUAAACUGAUAGAAAGCCCUGUCUUAAAGAAAAAGAUCUUAGUGCUUGGUCCUUCAUUUAUAACACAAAGCAGAGUAGUAUUUUUAUAUUUAAAUAUAAAAACAAAAAAAUUAUGGGUGUGUGGGUAUGUGUUUUUCUAAGGGAGGAAACCAUCCUGGUCACUGGGUGCUAAAUUUGAAGCAAAUACUUUGGUUUAGAAAUUAAAGAGAUCCUUUGGAGCAGGGGUGGGGAGUGUGGUACUGGGAAAGUUGGUUACUAGGGGCGCUUAGUCUUCAUUAUCACUUAAGGGUUGCCCUGCCCUGUUCACCCUUCUUAAGGAGGUGGACCCUGGACGGCUGCCAGGUGAAUGACAUUACUGGUGGUCACCUGAGCCCAGUGGCGAGGUUUAAGACCCACAUAAUUGUCCAUGGGUUUCUGGGAGCGAGUUGGCUGGCCCACAUGAGAGCGUUCCUGCAGAAAGCAUUGGGUUAUUUUUUGGUGAAACUAGCAUGUCACUAAAGCAGGCCUUUUGAUACAUUAAAUUUUUUAAAAGCAAAACAGAAGUUUAGAUUUUAAUCAAAUUUGUAGGAUUUCUAAGUCUAAUUUUUCAAAAUUGUCUGCUUCAACCAUCUCUUUCCACUCUCCUCUUGGAGGAGUUGGGGACAGGGCUGGAGUGAAAAUACUUGUAAUGUUGUAUCCUAGUGUCUUUCCUCCCAGUGCAGAAUAUUCCUUUCUUAAGAUUCCUAAGGAGUUAUUCCUUUUUUCUUUUAUAAUAAACAAGCCCCCUCUCCAUUUCCCCUACUGUUCCCUGGUUUUUGUGCUGGCCACAGCAGGCCAGCUGUGGUUUUCUCUUGCCAUGACAACUUCUAAUUGCCGUGUACAGUAUGUUAGAAUUAGAUAACUUCUUGUUGUAAACAAACUGUAACUGUCCAGAGCAGCGCUUAUAAAUCAACCUAACAUAAGAUCUCU